AUGACGAUCCCAGUUGACUCCAUUGCUGUCGACAAUCUACGCAUGGCGGCAUCUCAAGGCGAACACGAUCGCGUCAUUACGGAUUCCAAAGACAUCUGCAAACAACUUUUGAAUCUCCAUCUCCAAACUCUCGACAUUCAGGCUCGAUCGUAUGUUGCUUGUGCCAGGAUCGCCAAAGCUUUGGAUAUUGCUACUACAAUACAACAAACGGACCCAGCAUCAGCACUUGGAUAUUUGUGUCAAGGAUACAUCCAUACGCAACAAGGACGCUUCUUGGCAGCAGCACGUGUCUAUGAUACAGCCUUACAGCAUGUUUCCACGGAUGAUCCGUUUUAUGAUAGGCUUCAAAAAGACAAAGAAAUGGCGUUGGAGCGAUCAACCAGGAGAAUGGAUUUGGUUGCGAGAUUACCUAAUGAUGUCAGUUACAGUAUCUUCGGGUUGGUGUUUGCUGGGUGCCGAUAUGAGGAGUAUUGCCAAUAUUUGCUGGUAUCAUCGACAUGGCGCCAAUGCAUCUUCCAUUCAGACCAUCUUCAAGUUAUCAUUGAGGACGAGGUGCCAUUUGAGAAAACCAAUUCAGUGAUUGUCGAAUCAUUUCAGCAUCUACGAUCUAUCGAAUAUCGCACCUGUGGCGUUCCAUUUUACAUGUUGUUCAAAUCACCCAACUAUUUCAACUCAUUGACAUCCUUAUUCAUUGAACAAUCACCCUUGGGAAAAGUGGAUGAAGCCAUCAGCACAUUAUGUUCCAUCGGCAGCACGUUGACAACAUUGAUACUAAGAGAUUAUUCACGUCUGGAUCAGCCGUUGUAUUUGAAUGAUAUCUUGAAAAGUUGCCCGCGUUUGGUAUCUCUUGAUUGCAUCACUGAUAUCCGGCUAUCACCACUCGAAGCGACCUUUCCAGCGUUGUUACAUCUUACAUUGCACCCAGUUAUCCAGCUUAUUGACAACAACCUUUUGAUGGAUAUCCUACCAUGGCUCCCUUCCUUGCGACACCUGGAUCUAAGCAAUGUACCCACCUCUACGCCAAUGGGUGUGAUCAAUGCCUCAUGUCGAUCGCUGCAAUGUCUGCGUUAUAGCGACGGCAAGGUGUCCUUCAGGCGACGACGUAUUGUCUCUUCACCAACCCAUGGAUUACGCGAGCUCAAUAUCAGCAACACAAUACACAACUACUCUUUGGAUAAUAUUCAACAACUUUUGAUCAGCCAUCAUGAUACCUUGGAAACACUGUUCAUUGACCUUCGUGCUGGUACAAGCCGCUCUCAAUCGUUGUAUGAUGUUAUCAACAAGAACGAUGACAUUCGGUUCGGCAAUUUGACAAUCUUAUAUGUAAAGUGCAUGUCCAAUACCAGGGGUGACAAGCUCUACCUUGACAUGAUGACAUGGGUCGUACAACGGGCUCCUUUUCUGAAAAGGGUUGUAUUGAGUCGAUAUGCUGUCUAUCCACCUUUGAUGCGUGCCAUGGCACAAUGCGUUUGUCUCAAGUCUCUGGUUACUGAUUCGCUCAUGCGCUUUAUACCAGAAGAUCGUCCCGAUGAUUAUGAUCAUGUUUUUGCACAAUUCAUCAAGGAUCAUGUUGACUUUUUGGCCAAUCGUGGUGGUUCUCGCUUGCAAACGCUCCAUGUGGGAAUGGUAAAGAUCGAGGACACGAUGGUGCAAGCGAUUGGUGGAUUGAAGUGUCUCAAGGUCCUUAUACUGGGUUCGUGUCAUUCCAUCAAUACGUCCUUUAUUCCGUUGUUUCAGACGUUAAGCGGUGGUUGUCACGAUUUGCAUACAUUGUAUCUUCGUGCCGGCAUCUAUGGUCAACUCACGAUAUCCAAUGACAUUCUCUACCUCUUGCAUGGUUUUUGCAACCUCCAAAUACUUCAUACUGUGGCCGACCUGAGUGAAGCAACCAUAGGAGCAUUAGGCCUUCGACAAUGCCCUCAUCUCAAUCACGUGGUGCUCCACCGAUCAAAACUUCACAAGGAGGUUAUAAAGGUGCUCAAGGAGACUAUUCAAUUUGUACGUUGUGUAGAGUAUUAG